CACUAAUAUCAGUUAUAUCACAAUCCUUGGGCUGGUGCGUCGUUUCCAUGUCUUCUUGUCAUGGUUGACUCAACCCCUGUGUACUAGAUGCACCAUAUGCUGGUUUUCCGGAAUAUGCACGAUUUUUCGGGCAGCGACAUUCCAAUUAUAUGCAGACUGAUAUAAGGAACUCGAGGAUCCUAUGACAGAUUACUGGGUAGAGCUGAAUGCUGAUAAACGGACGAAGAAAGAAUGCGAGAUGAAAUUCUGUCAAGUCACCGCCACAGUACUCGGUCGUAACUCUUGCUUCUACCAAGUCAACCUCUGCACCCGUGCCCUCCUUCUCGACAAAGAGGUCGGCUAUGUCCGGCCAUUCACCAUCAUCUUAGAGACUAGGAAGGGCGGCAAGGCUCGUGCGCUCUUCAUUCGCUCCUCCCACUACCCCCACUACCCACCGUCCUCCAUCCUCAACACCCUGCCAAAAAAUGUGGAAGCGCCACUUGCAUCGACUCCAAGUGCAUCGGAAUGUGGUGUAUCGAGGACUGCCGGGGCCUCCAUUAUCCAAGCUUCAUGGCCUGAGAGCUCCAGCGCUACGAAGACGGAGUUGUGUGUAACCUUUGGGGACGCGAAGUGGUACAGAGGAGUCUGACGCAGUGUAUUUUCGUACACAUCUGUUAUAGUUAUUAGUCCACGAAUUCAAUUAUUAUUGUUACGUUUUUCUUUUAUUUUUCUGAGAAAAAAAAACAUAGGACUCG